AAUGAAUUUUUUCCUAAAAGUAUUUUCGGCCGAAAGAAAGAAAAUAGUUUUCUUCUUCAUUCCAUUUUUCCUCUCUACAAAUACAUAAAAGAAAAACGAGUCGUGUGACUUCUCGCCGUUUGUUACGUUCGAUGGUUUCUGGGGUUUCAACUUUCAAGUACCGGUACUCCAGAAAAAGUACGUCCGAUCUAUCCUGGGAGGAAUAGUUCCAAUAACCUUGGGUACCGUAGAGGGGAACUAAAUUCUUUAAAGAGAAAUAGUGAAUUCUAUUGGCUCGGACGGGGUUUAUGCAUGAGUCGUGUUUUCUUCUUUUAUAUGUUUUGUUCAAUUUAAUUACUGUAUGUGACUUGUGUUGCAAGAUAUAUUGUAUACGGGAACAAUUUUCACAACACAUUUCUCUUCCUUUGUUUCUCUUCCUUUCUUCCCCUCUUUAUAGGUCAGAUCGGGUAGGUCAGAUCGGAAAUUUUCUGAAAGUCAUUUUGAAACCCAAUUUAAGUCGAACCGAAUCCUGAUCCUUCGCUUCUGCAUAAUUUGUCGAAUUCAGGGCCACUAAAAACCCUUUGAGCAGUGAGCUCAAUUAUGGGCCCAUUUAGUGCUUCCCGGCCCGGGUUUUAUUCACGAAGACCCUUCUCAUCUGAGUCAUCUCGGCCGACGGCCAAUUUCCCGCAAAGUCAAUUCCGCUUUCCCGCGGCGAACGUCAGUUUUCCUCGACCAACAUUCAAGCAAAAUUCAGGUACCACGGUUUCAAGGGUUUCUAAGUUCUGUCGAUCUUCCGAUCAUAAAUGUUAGAUAGCUACAGAAUCAGCGUUCCUGUUUCCCUUUCCUUCAUUGGUAGGGUAAUUGACUAUUCAAUUCGAUUCCAACCUGCGGAAAGCGUAAUGGAACAACAAUCUGGAGAUUGUCCCGUGCGCUAGGUGCUCAAUCUCUUCUAAAGCUGUUUUCUUUUCGGUAUAUGCAGCAGUCCGCUGAGUUUCUUGAACCACCAUCCACAUGUUCAAAAACACAUUUCAAUCUGGAUUCCUCUCCAUUCUAUACAGUCUCGGGAGCAAACCUCUGCAGAUAUGGGAUAAAGAAGUUUCAAAUGGGCAUGUGAAACGGCCUCAUGAUGAAGACAUACAGUCCAAUGUACUGGAAAUCGUUGGAACGAAAAUCCAGUCCACUUACAUUACAUGCCCAGCUGACCCUAAUGCCACACUCGGUAUAAAACUGCCUUUCCUGGUCAUGCUCGUCAAGAACAUGAAGAAGUACUUCACGUUUGAGAUUCAAGUGCUUGAUGAUAAGAAUGUCAGGAGACGUUUCCGUGCUUCUAACUUUCAAGCUGUUACUCGGGUGAAGCCAUAUGUUUGCACCAUGCCGUUGAAGCUUGAUGAAGGGUGGAAUCAUAUACAGUUGAAUCUGGCUGAUUUUACUAAGAGGGCUUAUGGGACCAACUACGUCGAGACUUUACGAGUUCAGGUGCAUGCAAACUGUCGCUUAAGAAGGAUAUAUUUCGCCGACCGGCUCUACUCAGAAGAGGAACUCCCACCUGAAUUUAAACUUUACCUUCCAAUGCAGCAGAAAGCAUGAGGAUAUUUUUGGGUCUCUGCUGCCGGAUGUUAUCAGUUCAACCAUUGCACUGGGCUUCUGGCUUUCUCCUCUACGCUUUUUAUAGUGUCGCUGUUGGGUUUGCUAUGGUACUUGGUAGAUACAAGUAUCACUUUUUAUUCUUCUUAAACUAGAUGAAUUUUGUGACUGUUGAAUCAGGUCAAACAGUUUUGUGUCGAAACAGUUAAGACUCAGAUGGAUUAGCCGUGUACUUUGGCCCCUGAUAACGAGAGUUAAUUGGUUUCUCCAGCAAUACAUUGUUAAUCUCGUCUCAUUUUGAUACGAAAACAGGGAGCAUGCAUCCCAAAAUACAUGGACCUAUGUAUUUCCUCAUUUCCCUUGACUAAAAUGCGUUGCUCAAUCUUUUAUCCUUAGAUUUCAAAUUCACAAUAUAAUUGUCGAAAAUUG